CUCGCCCUCAAUCUUGUUUACAAACGAGAGGAUUCUGAAAAAGAGACGGAUUUUGGAAGAAAAGGAUGAAUUUACGGCUGGAAUAAGACUCGAAGAUGGAGUCACCUGUUAAGCAUCCUUCCGGAGAAUCCCCAGACGUGACAGGAGUGUCGCGCUCAGGGAGGGUGAGGAAGAAAUCGUCAAAGUUAGCAGACUUCGAGUCUCCGGAUGAGAUCGACACCAGGUUUAAGCGUAAAACUGACAGGCCGCAAAAAUCGCCACAAAAAGGUAGUGAUGUAUAUGAUGAAUCAGAUGGUGAGAUUGAUGAUGACUUACUUGAAGUGAAAGAUGAGCCUUUAGAAGUUGAUGAUUGGGGAGACAAUGAUGAUGGUGAUGAAGACAUUGUUGAGGGUGAUGAUAAUGAUGAUGGAGAUGAAGGGAACGAUCCCUUGCAUGUUGAUGAUGACUCAACCGAUAUGCCACGAGAAACCUCUAAUUAUAGCCAGGCUCAGUCUCUGUACCUGUCUGAGAAACAAGGGAAAAAGAACAUCAUGCUGAAGGACGGCCAGGUUGUGCAGAGGAAGAAAGCCCAGCGCAAGGAUAAAGGAAAAUCAAGAUUCACAGCCUAUAUGUUGUGGGCCAGAGAAAUCAGACCUGGCAUUAUACAAGCAAACCCCAACAUGGGUAAGUAAAGCAUAUGCAUAUUGAUAUAGGUUUUCUCUGGUCAUUUCAUUCUU